UUUACCAGGUGGUUGAGUAUAUGAACCAACCACAGGGAGAGUACUCAAGCCACACAUAAACAUAAACUACAUUGAUUCUGUUGUAAUCAUAUAUCCAAGUGGUAGUCUGAGUCAACAUUAAUCCUAACUUUUGUCACCUAGCCUCUUAACUUCUUUGCAUACUUUUCCAACUCCCUCAUGACGUAGACAGAGAAAAAACCUGGUCUUUCUACUCGUCUUUUAGCCCAUUUCUUCAUCAUCUGUUCUUGUUAUUUUCCUUUAAAACCCACUACCCAUCUCUUCCUUCACGUUUUACUUGCUUGACCUGUGAAAGAUUUGCAGUUAGAGAGCAUAAAAUAAAUGAACAACCCUCUAUAAAACACCAUAACCAGUACCUUCUCUUCAUAAUUCCACACCUUUAGGCUUUUUAUCAUAGGAAGAUGAGUAGCAAUAAGGUUCACUCCCAUGGGAAUGUGCCUUUUUCAUGGGAGAACAAACCAGGGGUCUCAAAGGUAGGGGCUCAAGACCGCCGUGAAGAUGACCGGAAAAUCGCGGUGAAGCUACCGCCUCCACCAUGCCCGCCAGAGACUGCUAGGGCGGCAUCGUUUCAUGAUCUGCAGAUUCCUCUUCCUCCAUGUGGUUUUCAAGCUCCUCUGAGAAGCUCUUCCAGGAAAAGUGUUAAAAAUAAGGAUGACCCUUUUCUGAUGGCUUAUAGAGAGUGCACCAAGAGUAAUGGAAAAGGUAAGUUAUCAAGUAGAGAUGAUGUCGGGCUUGGAUCUAAGAAGAACAUGUCCUUUUUUUCAUGUAAGCGUUCAUGCAGUGUGAGGGAAGAUAGUUUAAUCAGAAUCUCUCAGCUUCCCAUCUCAAAAUCUCAGAGAGAGAGAGAGAUGGGUUCUUAGUUCAUCCUUGAAGUCUGAUUUUUGAGAAAGAGAUCCUUAUAAAUAUCAUGAUAACCAAAUAAUAGUGUACUGUGUUUUGAUUCAGGUGGUCAUUUUAAGAACAUAUUAUGCUUUUAGAUUUCAUUUAAUUGCCAC